AUGGGUGCGGCCUCAUCCGUUCCUGCUACCGUUAUUGUGGGCAGUUUGGAGGAUAUGUGGAAGCCCGCAACCCAAGGUCAUGCCAUCUACGCGUGGGUCCUGUCAGCGGGGUUGGGAGUCUCUUUAGGGCGGUGGUUGUAUCAUAUUGGUGCUAUCAUUUCUUUUUGUGUAUUUAUUCUCCUCUUCCUAGGCGGUAUCUCCGAAACCCGCCCAAGUAAACUGCUUGGAAACCAUAUCAUCGCUGUGCAAUCAUACGCAGGUGUACUCAAAACCCGCACACAAACAGCAGAAGACCAUGUUCCCAAUUUCCGUACUUUUUGCCAGAGUGCCAUUAUUCAGCCAGCAAAACUAUUCUUCCAGGAACCCAUCAUUUUUACGAUGGCAACCCUAGCAGCCAUAGCAUUCUCCUUACUAUUUCUUUUCACUGAGGCCCUAGAUGUUGUAUUCAAACCGUAUGGAUUUACCCAGACUUCAUACUCAUUAGCAUUCACUGCAUACGCCAUAGGAAUGAUUUGUGGUAUCCCAGUCAGAUUGAUAGAAUUUCGUCAUCUUGAGAAGCGUGCCGAAACGAAGCAGCUUGAACCCGAAGACAAAAUACUUGGCUUUGCUACCGGAGCAUCAGCUUUGGCGGCCGGUCUUUGGCUCAUGGCUUGGACUACUCCACCUUUGGUUCAUAGUAUUGACUGGGUUGUACCAAUGAUAGGAUUAGCAGGUGCUGGAUUUGCGACUAACGAAAUCGAAUACGCGCUUGGGAACUAUCUAGCGGAUACGUACACAGUCUACGCAUCUUCGGCCUUCGCCGCAUAUUCGACUCUACGAGCUUUACUUUGUGGUAUAUUCCCUCUAUUCGCAGACCAAAUGUACAAUGAUUUGGGCUCGAAUGUCGCUGGUUCCAUACUAGCUGGGAUUGCUACUUUGUGGCUUAUUAGUCCUUACAUCUUCAAAAAGUAUGGAAAGAAAUUGCGGCAGAAGGGAAAGUUCGCAAAAUUUAGUCUGGAUGCCGAUCAAAGUUCUCGGCAAGCGGAGCUCGAUGCAGUGGGAAGGCAAAUUUGCUGA